CCGAGCUGUCGUCCGAUCCGAGAGAUGGCGGACGCCGCCAAGCCCAAGAUGGAUUUUCGGACGAUGUUCUUCUUCGCUAUGACCUUGUCGUUGUGUCUGAACACCGUCGUGUGCUUCAUCGGCUCCCUCGGUCUGCCUUUCGUCAAGGCCUUCACUUUGGUCACCUACAGGGCCGCGCUGAUGUCGGCAUCAGUCGCCUUCCUCUACAGGAUCGCGUACAGCCUCAAGCCCCCAGCGAGCAUGAUGAGCAUCGCCGGGUGGCGUGCUUCCCUGGCACCCGUCCUGAACAGCAACGGUGCCCAUUACGUGAUUUACAGUAUCGUCUUUGCGAUGGGCCGGCCGGUUCCCACGGUGCUGUUCCCCCUCACGAUCUGCGGCGGGUACCAGCUGCUGACAAUCGCGAACAAGCACUUCCCUGCGACGCUGAAGCGAGUCCGCGGCGACCGGUUAUUCGCCCUCGCGCAGCAGGAAAUGCACAAGAUGAUGGCGAUGUGCGCCACCAUGGAGUGCUCCAUGCUCCCGCUGCUUAUCAUGGAGUUGUUCACCCCGGCCAGGAGCGUGACGAGGGUGUUCAUGUACGUCAACUACCUCAGGCGGAGGUAUGCGUGUAAAGACGACACAGUCUUCCGUAUCAAGUACACCUACGGUAAUGCUGGUCAGUUUCACCAGCAGGUGUGGGGAAUGCUGGACCAGAGGACGUCGCCCAUCUUGAGAAGAGUGCCUGGGAUUGACAAGGUGCUCGGGCCUUUGAAGAGGUGGUUCACCCAAGGCGCCGCGCCGAUGAAGACACAAUAAAUUUGUAAUAUGACACGCAGGUGAAAACCGCUACUACUC